AGGUAAAAAGAGAAAUAGUACCUUAAAAAGGUUAAAGUUACUAUUUCUGUUUUAACUUACUAUUCAGAGUAUCCUUAUCCAUUCUAAAAAUAUGCAUACUAUUACAUCCUGGAGAUUCAAUUCACCUAAUAUACAAAAAUCCAUCUCUUUUUAUUCUCAAGUGUUAUUAUGUUAAGAGGAUAAAAAGAAAGAGAUUAACAACAAGUGUACCAUAUAGGGAGAUACUAUACAUUAACACAUCAAAGAUAGACACCUAGUCUUUAUUUUGUCAUUACUAUAAAACAUCUAACGGCCCACACACUCGUAUAUAUAUAUUUUUAUUUAAUAAGCAUCCAUCUCAUUAUGAAUGGUGCAACCUAGAAAUUAAUUAAAACCACAAUAGAAAAGAGAGGAAAAUGGAGAUUUGGGGUGAAUCUAUGUCAAGUAGUAUUAAGAAGUGCAACGAAAACAUGAGAAGAAGGUUCAAUGAUGAGCAGAUUAAGUCAUUAGAAAACAUGUUUGAGACAGAGUCGAGGCCUGAACUGAGGACAAAACAGCAAUUGGCUAAAAGGCUUGGCCUGCAGCCAAGACAAGUAGCUAUAUGGUUUCAGAACAAGAGAGCUAGAUCCAAAUCCAAGCAACUUGAAUUGGAGUAUAGAAUGCUUCAAAUCAGUUAUGACAACUUGGCUUCCAAGUAUGAAUUACUCAAGAAAGAGCAUGAAUCCUUGCUCAUCCAGUUGCAGAGACUUGGAAAAUUAAGGGAAAAGGGUGAGAAUGAAGAGAUUGAGAAAGAUGGCAUUAAGUCAGAAACAGAGGUGAAAGAAGAUGAUUUUGUACCAGAAAAUUGCAGCCCUGAAUUUGUGUUACCUUUUAGUGAAGACAGCAGGGGAAUUGACUACUUGGGACCAGAAUCUGAUAUUUUAGACAUGGCACAAAUAGUUGAUGGCCUAUCGGAAAUUGAAAAGGAAUACAACUUUGGGUCAAGAACGUUUCUUGAUAAUUCUGGUUGUACAUCACCAUUGUGGGAAUUUUAGUGCUGGCUGUUACAGAACCAUUUUGUCAGUGAGAGUCUAAAAUGAUGAUAAAUAAUGAGAUGUAAACAAUCAUAUAUAGUGGAAUCCAUUACAUCAUUUCUUAAUA